UCUUCUCUUCUCUUCCUUUGAUCACUCGAGAAAGCCAGCGAACAAAAGUUUCUCAAAUCUCUUCAAAUCGUCUUUGAACAUUUUUUUUAAAAACAUACAAACAUGGCUUCAACAUUUAGCGGCGAUGAAACGGCUCCUUUCUUCGGCUUCCUCGGAGCCGCUGCUGCCCUUGUUUUCUCCUGUAUGGGUGCUGCGUACGGGACGGCGAAGAGCGGCGUCGGAGUGGCGUCGAUGGGAGUGAUGAGGCCGGAGUUGGUGAUGAAAUCGAUCGUUCCCGUUGUUAUGGCUGGAGUUUUAGGUAUUUAUGGGUUGAUUAUCGCGGUUAUUAUUAGCACUGGGAUUAACCCAAAGGCCAAAUCUUACUACCUUUUCGAUGGCUAUGCCCAUCUUUCCUCUGGUCUUGCUUGUGGUCUCGCCGGUCUCUCUGCCGGUAUGGCUAUUGGAAUCGUCGGUGACGCUGGAGUUAGAGCCAAUGCACAACAGCCAAAGCUUUUUGUUGGAAUGAUUCUUAUUCUCAUUUUUGCUGAGGCGUUGGCAUUGUAUGGACUCAUUGUUGGUAUCAUCCUCUCUUCCCGGGCUGGUCAAUCCCGUGCAGAAUAGGGUGCAAGGUUCUGAGACUUGGGUCGUCAUUGGUUGGCUUCUCUUGGUCGUUUUGCCUCUGAUUCUUGCCGCUAGUGCAGUAUGAAACAAUUUUCGGAGUUGUUCUUUUGAUCUCAUUCAUAAAUUUUCCUUAAGUUAUGCUGUUUGUACGAUUAGAAGACAGAUUCAAAUUGAAAUAAAACUUGUUUUACG